UCGUAUACAUCGCUCGGGCCUUUCUUCCUUGUCUCCUAUUCAUUCGCCGUGAGUGCGCUCAAGCAAUCGUCACAUUUCAUCUAUUAAUGUUUUGUGUAUUUAAGUGCCUGUGAAUUCAAUCACGAUAUUUCAUCGAAUUCUUUCUGUGAAGAGUGUUGUUGUUGAUCUCCCCACACUUGGAUUACCGGGAGACAACUCAUUUUUGUACAACAAUUGAUAUUUUUUUAAUUUUUUGGACUCAUUGAAAAUGCUCGUUGACGAAAUGCCUCGUAGUUUUGUCAAGAAGAAUAAUAGUUACAGUCAUUGUCCGCUAAAAAAGCGGCCAGUGCAUGUCUUGUAUGAAGACUCUUCUGAAUCUGUCAAAGAUGAAAUCAUUGAUGUGGUGACUGAUGACAUCCCAGAGCCAGAAAACCUGAGUACCAAACCAGAAGACUUGAGCAGAACAUCUGAGAAAUAUCGUUCAACAAAAUCAAUAUCACGAUCUCCAUCACCAAGGACGAUAAGACAACAAUCAAGUUCUCCAGUUCGAUUGAUUCCAGUCCAUCCGACACCACAUCAACAUUUAUACCCAUCAAAGCCAAUCACUCCACCAGUAGGAAUUGCUCCAAUCCAUCCAAUCAUCAAAAAAGAAAGGAUUGAAGUCAUCCAACACGACGGUGGUGCACCAGUUCAUUUUCUUGCCAGCAAACCACCACUUGAAUCAUUAAAUUUAAACACACCAGUUGAACCUGUGGCUCAUUAUGCCACACCAGCAUGGGCAAGAGCAGCACCACUUUACCCACCACACUACUUACCGUAUUCUCCGGCCUACAGAUUCCAACAUUCCAGUGAACUUUAUCCAUCAUAUCCCUUGCCAUCAUAUCCACACUCAUCGCCAGAACAUGCAUCAGUGUCAUCACCACCUCCACCACCACCAACUUUGACUUGUUCAACGAUUCAACGACCAAUUGCCAGAUCUUUUUGGGCCAACUCAAGUCCAGAGCAUUGUACCUUAUCUCCAACGUCUUCAUUAGGAUAUGGACCUCUCAGAUCACCACCUCCAGUUACCCCAGAAGAUUUAUCAUCACCUGGAAGUGACAGUGGUCGAUCGUCGGCAGGCAGUACAUCAGCAGGAUCCACUAUUCUAAUGAAAAUAGAAACCAACACUUCAGUUAUGAGCACCCCAACAUCUUCCACAUCAUCUCCUUCAACGGCAACAUCUCCAAGGUAUUCAUGCCCAGAUUGUGGCAAGUCUUAUUCAACAUACAGUGGUCUUUCCAAACACCAACAGUUCCACUGUUCAGUUAACUCUGAAGGUCAGGCUAAAAAAUCCUUCUCUUGUAAAUAUUGCGAAAAGAUUUACGUCAGCCUUGGAGCUCUCAAGAUGCAUAUUAGGACUCACACACUACCGUGCAAGUGUCAUCUCUGUGGAAAAGCUUUCUCCAGACCUUGGCUUCUACAAGGCCACAUUAGAACACACACGGGAGAGAAACCCUUCAGCUGUCAACAUUGUAAUCGAGCUUUCGCUGAUCGAUCUAAUCUUCGUGCUCACUUGCAAACUCAUAGUGAUGUAAAGAAAUAUUCGUGCAGCUCCUGUAGCAAAACCUUCAGCAGAAUGUCUCUGUUGACCAAACAUCAAGAAGGUGGAUGUCCUGGUAUGGCUGUUUCUAUGAGCUACAGUUGUUAGUGCAGCAGUUCAUUAUCAUCGUGAGUGCCUUAUUACCAGCUUCUCAUAAGCAAGAAGAGACAACAGACUGUUUUUAAGUACAAAAAUGCGCGUGUGUUGAUUUUAAUUGUGAAAUAUUUUUUCCUUUUUUAAAAUCAAACCUUUGCUUGGUGGAAUUUUCAAAGAAUUGUGUGCUAUUUUUUUUUCCGAGGAAAAUUAGUUUUUCACAUGUUUCGUACCUCUGUAGGAAGCUAGAAAAGUAAAUUACUGAUCUAAUAAUGGACCCAAUGUCAAAUCAGAAAUAGUAGACUUGUUAUGUUUCCUACGAGAGUAUUUAAUCUUAUACUUGCGUACUAUCAAUUUUCCCUGCCUUAUUUUUAUUUUCUCAGUGUAUUUUAAUGUCAAUCGGAAGGUGACGCUUGAUGCGAUCCCGUGAACUGUCGUGCCAUUUAAUGUAUUCGUCAAUUUUUUCACUUUUUUAUCUUUUAUAUAUUUAUCGAAAAAUUGUCAUUCUUUCGCUAAUUGUUUUUCUAACCGUAAUUUAUCUUUAAUUGAUAAUAUAAUUUGUAAAUAUUUCCUUUAACGAUAACUAUUUAAGUAUUAACAAUAGUAAACACAGUUCAAAAACAGUCUGAAAGUUAAAAUUAUUUUAACUCUGAUUUUCUAGAAAUUAAAAUCAAAAAUCGAUUGAAAUGAAAUUAGAAAGAACAGAAUAAGUAUUUGAAUAAAAUCAGGAAUUUUCUAUUCGUCCAUUUGUAUUUUUUUUUUUUUUUUACUGUUAAUUAAUAGAUUUAAUAAAAAAAAACCUAGUCAUUGUAAAAUAUAGUAAAAAUGCUAGCGUGUGUGGUGUGUUGUGUACGCGCGAUUUAAAAGUAUUUUAACUUUAAAGCAGACAAUAAUAACAAAUAUUAUUGAUAGGAAAAAUGUUGAAAAAAACAUGAUAAAAAUAAAUGAUUAAUAUAUUAUUUAAUAUGCGCGACUCAGGGCGAGUACCACUGUAUGUGUAUAUUUUUGACUUCAAUAAUUAUGUGAGGUAUAAUAUAUAAGAUUUUGUAUAGAAAUUUUUUAAUAUUAUUAUGAACAAAAAAUGGUAUGAUAUAGAAAUAUA